GGUUCACUCCCCCCUUAGUGAGAUGACUGCACACUGCACAGUUCUCUCAUAGAAGGUCCUGUCUACUGUCCUACCUGGACUAUAUGGCGUUGCCACGGCACACUGGAAUUCAGCUGCCUGACAUGUUCAAAAUUGGACUGAAGACAAUUGGGAUUGCCCCUGAUCUACUGCUGGAACCUCCUCUGGUACCAUCCCUGCCAGCACUAUCAUCAGUGCGGGCCAGUGGGAAGGCCAGGAGGCGCAGCAGUAGCGACAGUGCUGCCAGGCGUCAGCCAUUGAGCGCAGCCCCGAAGCCGCCGGGCGCUGGUAGAGGCAGCAUGGAGGUGGGCAUGCGGGUCGUCCGUGGCACGGACUGGAAAUGGGGAAACCAGGACGAUGGCGAGGGCCACGUCGGGACCGUGGUGGAGAUUGGGCGGCAAGGCAGUACCACCACCCCAGACAAGACGGUGGUCGUUCAGUGGGACAGCGGCACAAGGACCAACUACCGCACUGGUUACCAGUCUGCUUACGACUUGCUGCUCUACGACAAUGCUCAAAUUGGGGUGCGUCACUCAAACAUCAUCUGCGACAGCUGCAAGAAGCAUGGCAUCAUGGGAAUGCGAUGGAAGUGCAAAGUGUGCUUUGACUAUGACCUGUGCACACAUUGCUACAUGAACAACAAACAUGACCUGAGCCACUCGUUUGAGCGUUAUGAGACAGCGCAUUCUCAGCCAGUAAGCUUGGCACCGAGGCAGAACCUCCCACGGUUCAUUCUCAAAGGAAUCUUCCAGGGUGUUAAAGUGGUUCGUGGACCUGACUGGGACUGGGGGAACCAAGACGGCGGGGAGGGUAAGGUUGGGAAGGUAGUGGACAUUCGUGGCUGGGAUACUGAGUCUGGUCGCAGCGUGGCUAGUGUGACCUGGACUAAUGGCACUACCAAUGUCUACCGAAUGGGCCAUAAGGGCAAAGUGGACCUCAAAUACGUGUCUGAUGGCCAAGGAGGCUUCUAUUACAAAGACCAUUUGCCAGUCCUUGGAGAGCAUGCAGAGCUGCAGCGCCAGGAGAGUGCUGAUGGCCACUCUUUCCAGCAGGGUGACAAGGUCAAAUGUCUCUUGGAGGUUGAUAUUCUGCGACAGAUGCAGGAGGGCCAUGGGGGAUGGAAUCCCAAAAUGGCAGAGUAUAUUUUCCGGAUCGGGACAGUUCACAGAAUCACUGACCGGGGAGAUGUCAGAGUCCAAUACAGCAACAACAUCCGCUGGACUUUUCAUCCGGGGGCCCUCACCAAGGUCAACACGUUUGGGGUUGGUGAACUUGUACGAGUAUUGGAAGACAUUGAUAGUGUCAAGAGACUGCAGGCCGGCCACGGAGAAUGGACAGACAGCAUGUCUCCCGUGCUCGGCCAGGUUGGUAAGGUGCUGAAAGUGUAUGCGGACGGUGACCUCCGUGUGGCGUUUGCCAGUCAGACGUGGACGUUCAACCCGGCGUGUCUCUCGGCCCAGCCUGUGGAGGUGGAUGCCAACCUCAUGACGACCGAGAACCCCAACGAAUCUGGAAGUACAGUCAUUUCUGUGUUGGAGAAACUGCUAUCCCAGUCCACAGAGCAGGACAAUCCCAGCCGGCUCGUCAUUGAGGCAGCGCAAGGCAGUGCCAAUAAAGUCAGAGAGUUGUUGCAAAAGUAUCCUGAUAAGGUGGACAUCAAGAACCAGGGGAAGACGGCGCUGCAGGUCGCCGCACACCAAGGCCACAUGGAGGUGGUGAAGGCCCUGCUGCAGGCCAACAGUGCCGUUGAAGUCAAGGAUGAAGAUGGAGACACAGCGUUACACUACACCGCCUUUGGUAACCAGGCAGAGAUUGCACGGCUACUGUUGAGCAAAGGAGCAAAUGUUAACCUCCUGAACAACUCCAUGUGUACGGCACUCCACAUUGCUGUCAACAAGGGCUUCACAGAUGUCGUGCGCGUACUCACUGAACAUUCCGCCGAUGUUAAUCUCCAGGAUUCUUAUGGGGACACACCUCUACACGAUGCCAUCGCAAAAGAUUUCCGCAAUAUCAUUGAGAUCCUGGUAGUGGUGCCCAACAUAGACUUCACUCAACAAAACCACAGAGGAUUCAACCUCUUGCACCAUGCUGCACUCAAAGGAAACAAACUGGCCACGGAGAAGAUUCUAGGGCGAGCGCGACAAUUGGUGGACGUUAAGAAGGACGACGGCUUUUCCGCCCUGCAUCUGGCCUCCCUCAAUAACCACCGUGACGUCGCUGAGAUCCUCAUUAAAGAGGGACGGUGUGACUUCAAUAUCCGCAACAACCGAAACCAGACGCCACUGCAGCUGGCGGUGACGCAGGGCCACACCGAUCUGAUCCAGCUUCUGGUGGUCGAAGGCGCCAACGUGAACAUGGAGGAUGAGGAUGGCGACACAGCCAUGCAUGUGGCCUUGCUGCGACCACAGCUGGCCAAUGUGAUGCUAGGCCCCGCUACGGGAAGCAGCAGCAGCACAAGCACAGAGGAGAGCGGCGAGGGCUGUUCCUCCACGUCUCUCUACUGCAGGCUCAAUGCUUCGGGCCUUCUCGGAAAUACAGAGCUCAGUGUCGGAAUGGCGAUCGCUUGCUUCCUGGCGCAGGAGGGGGCUGAUAUUAGCUAUGCCAACCACAAGGGAAAAAGCCCCCUGGACCUGGUGGCAGACAGCACCAUGCUGCAGCUCAUCAAAAGCUUCUCCGAGAAGUACAGGUGCUUAUUGCAGCGCCUGCAAGCUAUAACUUGUGGCCAGGGCCCAAGUGCUGCUAACCUGCGUCGUGUUCAUACUACGCCCAACACCAUGACCAAUCUAGUUCUUCCUACGCUCCCGGGUCCCAGUGAAUGCCUCAUCUGCUCUGAACUGGCCCUGCUGGUUCUCUUCUGCCCCUGCCAGCAUAGUGUGGCCUGUGAAGAGUGUGCCCAUCGAAUGAAGAAAUGCAUUAAAUGCCAAGUCACAAUCACCAAGAAAAUUCGACAAGACCAAACCGAGGUGGACUGUAGCCCCGGUACGGAGAAUUCAGAGCAGCACAACCUGCUGGAGCAGCUCCAGUCUCGCUACCGGCAGAUGGAGGAACGGAUCACCUGCCCCAUCUGCAUCGAUAACCAAAUCAAACUGGUUUUCCAGUGCGGACACGCCUCCUGCAUCGACUGCAGCGCUGUGCUCAAAGCUUGCCCAAUCUGUCGGCAGACCAUCCGCGAACGCAUUCAGUUGUUUGUCUGAACCGCAGAGCGAGGAGAGGGGGUGGUGGUGGUGGUGCGGCCGGCCCGCUGGCUGAGGGCAGACCAUUCAUCGUCUACCUUGCUUCUAAGGCACAUGGACUGAUUAUUUGGCACUGUGGAAAGGACGAGAAAAAAAAGAACAAGCCCUUCAGCUCCGCAAUCAUUUGUCUGACGUUGCUGCUUUUAAGUUGUUGUCUGUUACCCGUCAUCCUCUCUGGCUGGCUCGCCUCUGUUCGGUUUACACAGAACAAGUCCUCCCUCUACAGCCUGUCUUGUGAAUUACGUUUGCUCUCAUUUGGAUCUGGGAAUAAUAAUCAGUAUUAGUCUUCGCAGUGGGUGCGCUAUAUAGUCCCCAACCACUCGCCUGGAAAAUGCACACUAUACAGUAUAUGCAUGGGUAUAUGCAUAUUGUAUCACUAAUGGGUGAUUUGUUGUUGUGUUUUUUAUUUCUUUGUAAAGUACAGAGUUUUAUUUAUGUGUGAAAGGUGGUAUUACUUUGUAAUGUUGUUGUUUUUUGUUUUGUUUUUUGUGUUUGCUUGGAGGGCCUAAAAAAGUGUUUUUGAUUCUAUUGAAAUACACCCCAAGCCUAUGUCCUCUUACUCAGGGUAUCAACUCUUUCAAAAAGCACUUGUGAUAUCCAUAAAAGGUUCAAAGUCGCCGCUUCAUAUUGUGUCGAUGUCGGGAGGUGCCUCAGGACGAUAGAUGUCAUCGACCUGAAAAAAUGUCAUUGUCAUGAGUGAAAUGAAUGUUUCUGCAACAAUAUGGAUGGACAUGUUCAUCUUCAAAAGUAAGAAAAAGAAAAAAAGAAGCUCCCCACAAGCACCCAUCUGUCCAUCCACACUGUCUAUCUACGGAGCAUCCACUGUGUGUCUGGUGUUUGUGCUUAGCUUUCGAUUCAGCCCGUGUUGUUAUAUAAAAGAGCCGAAACAAGAGUAUUACAUCGUUUACCUUCUUGCUGGAGUCAUUUCACAAAAAAGCCCAUUCAUUUUCUCCUUUGGCGCUCUGGAUUGUACUCUCCAGCUUUUCUCUGCUGUAUUUGGUGUGUUUCUUGAAGGGCUUCAAACACAUUUUUCAACUUUAAUUUGAUUUUCAGUUCAUGUAAUUGACUUCCAGGGACAAGGAAGGUUUUCAUUGAUUUUAUUUUUUUUAAAUUACAAUUUAAUGUUUGGCUUUAUUCGAUCCCCCAUUUUGGGAAAGCCAAUGUUUAAAUUUGUACAUUUUGAAUGUCGAGGUAGGGAUGACUCGGUUUCAUUCUACCUCUUACUUUUUUUUUUUUUUAAGGAAGAAGCAAUGUUGAGCGAUAGAACGCUGCUGGGUCUAAAGUGUGUCAAGAGUAAGGUUUACUUUGAACGUCAGUGCCAAAUCGCAUGAGCAUAUGCAUGGGCACUGCACACAAAUUGUGGUUUUACAGCUGUGGUGAUAAAAAGUCAGAUCCUCCGCUAAUGUUAUGAUGACCAAAUUAUAGUAUCAUGAGCAUGCUAAGUUAUUGGAGUACACCAAAAGCUCACAGUGUGGAGUGAUUCCACAUAUGCUUCCAGAUGGUAGUCAGUUCCACAUUGUUAAGAGCAUUUACCAAAAGUGUAUUUAAGUUAUCAACUGAAAAGUUUUUUUUAAUUUAAUUUGUAGUUGAAGGCUUUGGUGGCAGAUAUAAUAAUGUUGAGAGGGAAAAGAAAUUGGGAAAAUAUUCGUAUAUGGAAGUUUUGUUUUUUACCUCCACGUUAACGGAGGUAGCUGUGAUAAGCAGUGAUCAAUUGAUGUGUAAAAGAACAAUAUUAAAGCAGCAAAUGUUACUUUUGGUGUUUGUACAGUUCAGCUCUCGGAGUACUGAUGUUGGCCUUACUGUCUCUUCCUCCUUUGUUCAUGUUUUCUCAGUUUCUGUACAAAAAUAUUUUGCAAUAAAUAUUAAAACACUUUUAUAAGGACA